AUGGCUUCGUCGUUCGAGGUGUAUUGUCAUAAGUCCUCCUUGUUUUCGUCUAGCUUCAAUCGCUUUGCCAAGUUCCGAGAAGAGUCGAAAGCAAUCGACGUUGUCAUCAAAUCUGGCCCGCUUGUAUUUGAGGCCCAUCAACUCGUCCUUGCCUCGGCUAUUCCGUAUUUUGAGACACGACUAAUGUCAUCAUGGAAAAAGGGAGAUGAAAUCUCAGUUGAGAUUCCAGGAGUAGAUCCAACGACAAUCACCUCAGUGAUUGCAUGGGCUUAUACUGGCGAGAUCAAACUUACAAAUGAAACCGUUCAGUCGGUACUCAUUGUGGCUCAAUAUCUCGGAAUGGAACAAGUCAUCACAGCUUGCUUCGAUUUUAUUGAGAACCACUUGAAUUCGGAAAAUGUUCUCGAUGUCUUGCAACUAGCAGAGCAGAUCUUUCGCCCCGAUUUGGCGCUUCGAGCUCGGCAAUAUAUCGACCGACACUUUUCUGACUUUUUUCGACUUCCUGUUUGGACAAGCGCGCCUGCUGAAUUGGUAAUGAGCAUUUUUGGUUCGUCUGAUCUGUAUGUCAAGCAAGAGGCGACUGUGUGGGCUGCCCUCAAAAUCUGGCUCAUGGCGAAUCAAUCUUGCGAGGCAAAGCUUAUUUUUGAAAUGCUCAGCCAAGUUCGCUUGCACCUACUUCCUCCAGAAUGUCUUCGCGACGAUGUCCUUACCGUCGAUUUGAUUUCAAGCAACGCCAAAUGCCGAGCGUUGAUAGAUAAUGCUCUUAACCCAAAUGCAAAAAACAACCGAAAGCGAAAGAUUUCCGAGGAGAAUGUUGAAGAAACAUGUAACGAAGGCAAACUAUUAACCACGAGAUGGUGCUCUCACUUGGAGAAUGACAUUUAUAUUCUGACUACAUUGGCCGAUGGCUUUGAUUCUUAUGACAAUGCCCCCGACUUCUAUAAAGGACAACAUAUGGUUGUUCGGUUUGAUGCUUACUCAAAGAAAUGUGAGCCAAUGGCACCGAUGAAGCGGUUUCGUCAAAAUUAUGCGGUAGCUGUCUUGAAUGGAAUGAUCUACGCGCUAGGUGGAAACGAUUCCAACGUAGUAGAGCGAUACGACCCUCGAACGAACAAAUGGGAAUUCGUUGCUAAUAUGCUGUGCUCGGACCGACUGUGGCCGGCAUGCACAGUUAUGAAUGGCCGUAUCUAUGUGUUUGGUGAAAAUGGAAAAGAAUCAGCCCUCAACGAAUGUUACGACCCAAAAAAUAACGCCUGGGAAGAAGUGCCUGCUAUGCAAGUUCCUCGAAGCGCUGCAGCAGCAGUUUGCUUUGAGGAAAAAUAUAUAUUACUGGAGGAAUUGUCUACGGCAAUGGAGGAAUGGACGAAAGCUCCGCCAAUGCUGAGUCUUCGAUCUGAUCACGGAAGCCUGGUCUAUCAUAGAAAGCUUUGGGUUAUCGGCGGUGAUAACGGCCCCACCACGAUGCGAGAUUGUGAACAAUUUGAUUUUGCCUCUGAGCAAUGGACACGCGUUCAGUUUCUAAACUCUGCGCGAUCUUCCGUCGGCGUCGCUUUAUCAGCAAACCGAAUCUAUGUAUUCGAUGGCGACGAUGGAGAAGGCGACUCGUUCGAAAUUUAUGAUCCCGAAAAGGGCUGGUCUUCCUCGAAUUAUACGAACCGGAGGCCACCAGGAAUAGGCCAGGGCCUCUACGGCGAUUUCAUCCGGGCAAUGCAGGGAGGCCACCAUGACAAACAGCACAAGGUCGACUUCAAAAAGCGCAACUACGGGCCCCACGAGAACGUCGACAGAUUCGACAUGAUGCUGAACGAUUGUCUCGACAAGGCGUUCGCUUCGAACAACCUUGACAUUGGUCUCGACAAGUUCCUUAGUUUCAUGAACAAAUGCGAGGCGGAAGUGCUCGCAACCGUCGCAGGAAAAGUCUUAGCAGAUGUAAAAGAGCACAAGGUCGAUUCACUUUCUAUUAUGGGAAUCAUGUAA